AUGUCGUCACGCGACGAUGCGUCGAUCGGCGCAUCACCCUCCUCCUACGACUCUCAUCCUGCCACAGGCGCGCCCCCGACCUACGCGACCUUCUCCCCCGUCACUCUCUCCGGAAACACUCCGUCCCGAUCCUCUCGUCGAUCUACCAUCCUCGUCCACCAGAAGAGCCCGCUGCUUCUCGCCACGCCACCCCAAAUCACCCGCGCCUUGGCCUAUAGCCAUCCGUUCCUCCUCCCGUUGAAUACACUCGCCGGCCUUUUAACCUGGAGCACGGGCGAUCCGUGGGAAAGCUUUCUCUUGGUCUGCGCAUUCUGGGCCAUUGUUCUAUAUGGAGACAUCGUGGUUACCUGGGCUGGACCCGUCGUCGUUGGCGCAGGGCUCAUCGCCGGCAUGUAUGGCCGGAGGUACAGUCCUCUGAGUAGUAGCGGAUGGACUGAACCUCGAAGCCUCUUCCGGGAUGCCAGCUCCAAGAAGUCUGGCCAGGCAGCCACCGACGGGACCCAACAGAAGGCUGGCAACAACGACAAGAAGCAAGCAAAACACAAGAGGGGAAACUCCGAAGUCACAAACACGAAGCACCAAAAGACACUAGACGAGAUUGUCGAGACACUCAAGGAGUUUACUGGGAGGUGCAACACUCUCCUAGAGCCUAUGUUGGAGCUGACCGAUUUCGUCAGCACCCAGAGGACUCCGACAAGUGCCACUACCCGGCCUGCUCUGACCGUCAUCUUCAUGCGGUUGCUGAUCAUCACCCCCAUAUGGAUCGCUUUGACUAUUCCGCCAUGGCGAGUCAUCACCACAAGACGUGUUGUCCUAGUGGCAGGCACCAUUAUCCUAACCUGGCAUGCCCGAGUCAUGAGAGUCUUUAGAGCUCUCCUUUGGAGGAGUUUGACGGUGCGGCGACUUGCAGCCGGAAUCACCGGUCUCUACUUUGAUGCUCCUGACAAGUUGCCUGAGGAUGAUCUGAAUGCAUCAGGAAAGGGCAAGGGCCGUAUGGAAUCCGAGCUUACCAAGGCCCUCCGAAACCCGGCUAGCCUUCAAACAAAUCACCGACGAUCCGGUAGCACUAGAACUGCAGGGGUCAAAUUUACCUUUAUCAUCUACGAGAACCAGAGACGAUGGCUUGGUCUGGGCUGGACGAACAGUUUGUUUGCGUACGAGCGUCCCGCUUGGACCGACGAACACAACAACCCGGUGCCCGCCAGAGACGAAUUCGAGCUGCCCGAGGUCGAGGAUGGAAGCCGUAUGGUGUGGCGAUGGGUAGAGGGAAGUCGAUGGCGAGUAGAUGGGGUUCCGGACGAUCAGGGACCGGUGGAUUACGAUAACGAGGAAGGCAAAAACGGAUGGAUCUUCUAUGAUAACAAGUGGCAAAACGGUCAACGAGGUCAGGAUGGUUGGAGCCGAUGGACGAGGCGAAGGAAAUGGUACCACGAUGCCGAGUUGGUCGAGGUCGACGAAUCCAAGCUUCAUGAGCUGGAUGCGUCAGAGCCCAACGGCGCCGCUUCCACACCCGCAGCCGCAGGAGCAGGAUACAGCACCACCAAUGAAAAGAUGGUCACAUCACGAUCCGGCGCUGGAGUACCUAUAAUUGACCAAACGAUUGCCGAGGACCUCAGCACUGACGACGCGAGCUCCAGAGCCGACGAUGCCCUGUCAGUACUAUCGACGUCCUCGAGAUCAUUCUUCAGGUCACCCUUGAUGCGAAAGCGACCCACUGACCGAUCCGCGACGGAUAAAGAGCGUAUUAGGAGGACCAGCGACGUCCCUAACGAGGAAGACACCAGCAGUCUUGGGGCGGAGUUGACUGUAGAGAUUCAGAAGCCAGGAAGAGACGGCGGGCACUGGGGGAUUGGCGACGAGGCCAGAAUGAGUCUUGAGUAA